AUGCGCGUUGAAUAGCCGAAUAGCUGCUGUAAAAGGAUAAAAAAAACGCCGUGGUUUUGAUCGAUAAAGUUCUUUACAUUCUUUGUUCGUAUUUAUUACACAAAGCAGGAUAUUUCCGUCCGACUUGUAGGACAUUGUAGCAACUGAAGUGGUGUAUUUUUGUAGGGUCAGGCGUUAACAAAAGAAAGAAGUCGCUCUUCAGCCUCUGACCACUGAUGUUCGUGUUGGUCAAGGAAAACUAGUAAAGCUUUAUGAUUUCUUAAACGAUUCAUUGUGGAUGAUAAAACAUGACGACUCUAACCAGGCAAGACCUUAAUUUUGGACAAGUCAUUGCUGACAUUCUGUGCGAGUUCCUGGAGGUUGCAAUUCAUCUCAUUCUUUAUGUUCGUGAAGUAUAUCCCUCUGGAAUAUUUCAGAAGAGGAAGAAAUACAAUGUGCCUGUGCAGAUGUCAUGUCACCCUGACCUGAAUCAGUAUAUCCAAGAUACAUUACACUGUAUAAAGCCACUAAUUGAGAAAAAUGAUGCAGAGAAGGUGGUGGUGGUCAUUAUGGACAAAGAGCAUCAUCCAGUCGAGAGAUUUGUGUUUGAGAUUUCUCAGCCUCCCCUUCUCUCUAUCAGUGCAGAAACUUUAUUGUCACACGUGGAGCAGCUGCUCAGGGCUUUCAUUCUGAAGAUCAGCGUGUGUGAUGCUGUUUUAAUCAAUAACCCACCAGGUUGUUCUUUCACAGUACUUGUACAUACCAGAGAGGCCGCCACUCGCAACAUGGAGAAGGUUCAAGUCAUCAAGGAUUUUCCGUGGAUCAUCGCUGAUGAGCAGGAAGUUCACAUGAAGGAGCCGAGACUCAUCCCGCUGAAGUCCAUGACGUCUGACAUAGUAAAGAUGCAGCUCUAUGUGGAGGAGAGAGCCCAGAAGGCUUAGGCAGAACCAGCAGGGCAGAUCGGUGGGCUAAUCUGUGACGACACAAACUCAUGAGCAGAAUGUCUGUAUUAGAGAUGGAUUAAUUUGUUUAUGUACAACAGAACUUUAAUAAGGGCAGAUUAAUCCUUGUGGAAUGUGUUUAGGCUGGCUUACUUUCACUGCAGCCACUGAUUUUUGAGUCAGACUGAAACGCUGUGGUGACAAAUAAAAAGCUGAUUCAGUAAGUUUAACUGUUUCACACAGGCCUGCACAGUUUUAUUCUUAAAAACUAGAAAGACUAUUUCAGUUGUGAUAAACUGUCUAUUUUCAACCCUCCUCCUCUCUUCUGCCACCUUGAUGCUCACAACACAUCGGCCACUAUCAUGUAAACCAGGUGAGGCAUUAAGAACAGAGAGUCCACUGGUUUGGCCAAUCUUUUAUUGCCAUGCAAAGAACAAACGCACAACACUUAGUUCAUUAUUUUCUGUGAUUUCUUGCAUUUGGAGUUGUUCUUUGUGAUUCUGUUAUUGUGAUGACAGUAAAUGUUUAGGAUGAUGUGCAUAAAUGUGGUUUUAUUAUGUUGUCAUGUUUGUUUUAAAGGGGACCUAUUAUGCAAAA